CCGGCCCCUCCCGCGGGCAGGCGGGGCGGCCCCACAUCGGACUCCUCCCCCGCAGCCCGGCAGGGAUCAGUCGUGGCGCGCGGUUCCGCAGGUGGCAGCUAUGGCCCAGUCCUGAGCGCCCCGCCAUGGCCGGCGCCCCCAGCCUGCUGCGCCUGGCGCUCCUGGUGCUCGGGGCGGUGGGCAGGGCCGGCCCCCGCCCCCAGGGCGCCACUGUGUCCCUCUCAGAGACUGUGCAGAAAUGGCGAGAGUAUCGACGCCAGUGCCAACGUUUCCUCACUGAAGCACCGCCUCUGGCCACAGGUCUCUUCUGCAACCGAACCUUUGAUGACUAUGCCUGUUGGCCAGAUGGGCCCCCAGGUUCCUUCGUGAAUGUCAGCUGCCCCUGGUACCUGCCCUGGGCCAGCAGUGUGCUCCAGGGCCAUGUGUACCGCUUCUGUACAGCUGAGGGCCUGUGGCUGCACAAGGACAACUCCAGCCUGCCCUGGAGGGACCUGUCGGAGUGUGAAGAGUCCAAGCGAGGGGAGAGGAACUCUCCUGAGGAACAGCUCCUGUCACUGUACAUUAUCUACACUGUGGGGUACGCACUUUCCUUCUCUGCCUUGGUCAUCGCCUCAGCCAUCCUUGUUGGCUUCAGACACUUGCACUGCACCCGGAACUAUAUCCACCUGAACCUGUUUGCAUCCUUCAUCCUCCGAGCGCUGUCCGUCUUCAUCAAAGAUGCUGCCCUCAAGUGGAUGUAUAGCACAGCUGCCCAACAGCACCAGUGGGAUGGGCUCCUCUCUUAUCAGGACUCUCUAAGCUGCCGACUGGUGUUCCUGCUCAUGCAGUACUGCGUGGCAGCCAACUACUACUGGUUGCUGGUGGAGGGUGUGUACCUGUACACGCUGCUGGCCUUCUCGGUGUUCUCGGAGCAGCGCAUCUUCAGGCUGUACCUGAGCAUAGGCUGGGGUGUUCCUCUGCUGUUUGUUAUCCCCUGGGGCGUUGUCAAAUACCUCUUUGAGGAUGAGGGCUGCUGGACCAGGAACUCCAACAUGAAUUACUGGCUCAUCAUCCGACUGCCCAUUCUCUUUGCUAUUGGGGUCAAUUUUCUUAUCUUCAUCCGGGUCAUCUGCAUCGUGGUAUCCAAACUGAAAGCUAAUCUCAUGUGCAAGACUGACAUCAAAUGCAGACUUGCCAAGUCCACUCUGACGCUCAUCCCCCUCCUGGGGACACAUGAGGUCAUCUUUGCCUUUGUGAUGGAUGAACAUGCCCGAGGGACCCUACGCUUCAUCAAGCUGUUCACAGAGCUCUCCUUCACUUCCUUCCAGGGCCUGAUGGUGGCCAUCUUGUACUGCUUUGUCAACAACGAGGUCCAGAUGGAGUUCCGGAAGAGCUGGGAGCGCUGGAGGCUGGAACACUUGAACAUCCAGAGGGACAGCACCAUGAAGCCCCUCAGGUGUCCCACCAGCAGUGUAAGCAGUGGGGCCACAGUGGGCAGCAGCGUGUACGCUGCCACCUGCCAGGCUGCCUGCAGCUAAGCCCCAGGGCUGCCCCCU